AUAUACAGAUGAUUUAGUAAGGUGUGAGGAGAUGGAGAAGAAGCCUAUGCUUAAAUUUAGUGUUAGUGCGAUUCUCGGAGAUCGGGAUGAGGGCGGGGCGAAAAAUAGUGUUAAUGAUUACCGGCAACCAAUGAUGGCUCCCUGGCCCAUCGCGAAACCCAUAGCCAGCCGACCAAUCCCAGUGCAGCAUCAGCAUUUACAACAUCUACUGGCACACUGCCACCAUCCGUAUUUAGCUGUGAGACCGUCGCAAGCGCACACACAAGUUUUCCCGCUGCCUGGAGCCUUCCCUUGGGCCCAUAGUUCGAGAGGUAAACCUCGACGAGGGAUGAUGAGGCGCGCCGUUUUCUCAGAUCUGCAACGCAAAGGGCUGGAGAAGAGGUUCCAGGUGCAGAAGUACAUCUCCAAGCCGGACAGGAAGAAAUUAGCUGAGAAACUGGGACUUAAGGAUAGCCAGGUCAAAAUCUGGUUCCAAAAUCGUCGCAUGAAGUGGCGCAACUCGAAAGAACGGGAGUUACUCGCGUCCGGUGGAUCCCGAGAGCAGACUCUGCCGAACAAGAACAACCCUCACCCGGACUUGUCUGAUGCUGAGGCGGAUAAGCAGAAAAUGUCUCCGGUUCCUGAAGAUGAGGAGAAGAAGAUGUUUGCCAGCACUUCUGGGGAAUUUAGAGGUUACGAAGACAAAAUGGCCGCCCCGUUUUACCGCGAGCCUUUCCAGCCAAUGGACGAAGGCGAGGACUUUGACAGUGACAGCGCCAGUGACGAGGAAAUCAACGUGACAUGACGUGUUUACACGUAGCUGUAUAUAGGAUAGGCUAGAUGCGUUACUGUGAUUGUUUAAAGGGAUCAUCUCGGUUGAUUGCAUGUGAAUGAUAGUUGAAUUUCAUUUAAAAAAAAUCUCAUCUUUUUCUCUUACAUCUACUUAUUCAAAUAUUCAUGGUAUCGUGCUAUUAAAUUGUCAAAGAACACAAUACAAUGAAAUAAAACUAUGGAAACGGAUUUUAUCGCAUAUAAUGAAUUUGCAAUUCAUCCCGA